UAUAAUGCUCUAGCUUCAGGAACAAUAAAAGGCAUGUGACAUUGCCAUACGGAUGUUACACAGUAGGCCCAGUAGUGUGGUACCAGGAAGCACGAACUUAUUGGGAGUGGUUUAUUCCUCAUCGUUGUACUGCAUGCUGGAAGGUUUGUCUCGUAUUGGGGCUUCUAAUUUCUUCAGAGCUUAACUUUCGAUCGCUGAAACACCCUGCAAGAAAAAUGAAGCUCGCAAUUCUACUGUGUCUGGUUCCCACCGUCUUCGGAUAUUCCGCCGGCCCUCCAGUUGGAUCGUCAAAUCCUACCCUGUGCACCAACAUGAUCCCAACCGGUCAUAACGGAGGGGUUAGUAAUGCCACCGACCAAAACAGUCCCCCCUACACCAUCACUGCGACAGCGAGCGAGUAUACCCCGGGUGGCUCCUUGACAGUAACUAUCGCCGGAACGGGCGGCAACCAGUUCAAGGGGUUUUUCAUCCAAGCUCGGCGCGCCGAUCCAGCUCGGGACAACGACGUUGCCAUAGGAACGUUCUCCAAUCAAACCGCCAACACCCAGCUGCUCAUGUGCCACACCGUUGCCAAUUCCGCUUGGGCGCAUUCAAACAAUGAUGCAAGAUCCACCAUUGUAGGAACAUGGACAGCCCCGGCACAAGACGAAGGGCCUCUGCGAUUCAUGGCCACUAUUGUGAAAGGGGAGCCAAACCGCAGCUAUUUUUAUACUAAUGUCACGUCUACCCAGUUGGCCUUUUCCGCCGAUGGUCCUUCACAGCAGCCUGGAAAUCCAAUGACAACCCCUUCGGGUGGAGCGCGUCACACCAUCGCCCUUGCUCUGGCUGGGAUCGCCAUUCUUCUGGCUGCAAUCCUGAAUGUUCGUCAGUUCUAAGACCGAGGAAAAGACACAAAAUCGCAUCGAAACAAUCUCUGACUUGAAUGCGAGUUUAAGUGGUCGUUCAGUGUUUAGUUUGUCAAGUUCUUUGUAGCAAAAUGCAAGUUUUACAUGUAUUUGAAAGAUGCUUUAGAAGUGGCAUUCAGUUAUUAAAGUUGUAAGUAAGAGUGCAUAUGUAGUUGUGGACAAUUUUUUUCCCUUUUCAAUGGAUGACAAUGGAGCUUUUUAGUUCGAAAACUCGAAUUCGUUUUUUGCAGUUUUAAAUAUGGUAUAAAAGUAGUCUUUAAGCUUUAAAACGGUAAUAAUGUAAACAGAAAUAAGUAGGUUAAGGUUGUCAAUAGAUUGGAAAUAGUGAUGAUUUUGAUAAAAACAGAAGUUGGCCUACGGUAUAGACACUGUAAUUGUUCAAUUUAAUCUGUUAUUGUUAUUUUUUAGAAUUUAAUUAAAAUGUAUGAUAAAUGAUCAGAAGAAAAGCGAACUGAGCAUUGGUUUGAGAAUAGAAUAACCGGGCUGUCGGACAAUGAAAAACCCACAUAAAAUGAUGCGGCAAUUGAAUUGGUUGUUGUGAUGUUUGAGUCCAGCCUGAUGACUAGGGUCUGUGUCCCUGAGGAGUGCACUUUACCACAAGCAGACAUGUGGAUGUUUAGGUUGAUAUUAAUUUUAAGUCAAUGCUUGUUACUAGUUUACUUUUAGAUGCAUAAGAAUGUCGAACUGUUCAAUUUAGUUUCUUAUUGGUAAUAUUCCCUCUCUUGUUCAAAGCGAAAAAUUGCAUUAUCUGAUGAUCACAACAGAAUAUUGAACGGUAAAAUCUACCUUAAAGCACCAUAGUGAGAUAUCGCACAUGGGGAAGUUUGUGAGAAAAUGAAACAAAACACUUUUCAAUUUGUAGAAUUAGUAAAACUAGAUCAAUAUUUUACUUCUUAAAAUGCUUGAAUAUCUGGAAAAAAACGGUGUUUUGAACUUUACAAUUAUGAACAAGAUCUUAAGUGUCACUUAUUUACAAAGUAACUUUACACAGUACUAAAGUAUAGCAAUACGUUUAUAAAAUAAUUCUUUGUUGCAACACUAGUAAAGGAUUUUUGCACCGAUUGUGUCUGUAUGUAUAUCUCUCGUGUUCAAAAUACAUGUAUAUGACAGUAA